AUACAGGCAGUUCGAAUUAAUCGUUUUACUAAUCCGACGCGACUUUUGUAAGGAAUCAAAAUUUCUGUUUAGUGACGAUCCAGUGUAUUAUUACGAGGACAUAACAUAAAUUAUUUCACAAAAAUUAGAGGAAAACUUUGGAUGUUGGAGACUAUUUCAAGUACUCUGUGCGGGGAACAUGUGAAGUAUAGAAAGCAGGUCAUGUAAAAUUAACGUUUAACCUUGUAGUUUGUUUUACUGAAGCGGACAUCAGUUGAUGAAUUCUGACGAGUGAAACCUCAGCUAAAUAGAAAUCAGUUGAAGAUGACGGAGGAAAACCUGGAUCCCAUUUUUGAACUGAUCAUCCAAAGGGAAGUGGAAAAGGGCUACGUGAACUACACCGUUGAUCAUCUGUUGAGGAGUCCACUGGAACAUUAUCCUGCACAGUCCAUACUGUUCCUGGUGGCGCUUUCUUUGUCAUGUCUCAUUGGCUUCAUCGGAAAUAUUUUGGUGAUAGGCGCUGUAGUUAUAAGUAAACGCCUGAGAACGACAGGGAACAUGUUUAUUGUGAACCUAGCAGUGGCAGAUCUUAUCAUUGUCGCCAUUGUGGAACCUUUCAACAUAUUAGGUGUUGUUGAUGGGCCCAUUUUCUUCGUAAGGAAUGUCUGGUGGUGUCAUACAUUAUCUGUUAUAUGUGUCAUGUCUUGUUCAUCGUCCAUGAUGAAUUUAGCCGCCAUCGCUGUGAACAGGUAUAUCAUGAUCAAUAAGAACCAUUACUACAACCAGAUAUUCACCAAAGGCAAGACUGUCCUCCUGUGUAUUCUCGUUUGGUUUGCCGCCUUUCUUAUUGAGCUGCCUAAUCUGGUUGGAUGGGGAGGCCAUACCUUCGAUCUAAAAACGCUCGGAUGUUCCUUCGACAGACUUAUCUCCCUGUCUUACACAAUAUUCCUUAGUGUGAUGGCGCUUUGGUUGCCACUUAUGGUCAUUAUGUUUUGCUAUACGAAAAUUUACUUUUAUGUAAAGAAGUCGCGAGAACAGAUGGAGAAGCAGAUGAAAAUACAGACGAAAAAAGAUAAGAAGAAAAGCAAACGACAACGAGAUAAUGUAAAUUUAGCUCGAACAUUUUUCAUCGUAUUUCUGACGUUCCUCAUCUGUUGGACUCCUUAUGAUCUGACUUUGUUUUUCGAUCGCAGUGAUCGUUGGCCAUCCUGGCUUUACACAGUAUUUCUUCAGAUCGGUCAUUUUAACAGCUCGUUAAACAGUAUUCUUUACGGUGCUACCAACAGAAACUUUCGUGAAGGCUACAAACAGUUCUUGCGAAAAAUAUGUUGCAAUUGUAGGCUUAGCAUAGUGGUCACAAUAAGCGGUGAGAAAAAGAGCCCCUUGACCGACUCGAGUUCAGGGUAUUCCAGUACAAGUGACAACAUGCACCACAAAGUUCAUCCAUCCUCACAUUACGUCUGAGACAGAGUGUAAUGCAUUCUGUUUCACGCCAAAAAACUUGUCGUUUUCAAAGGAUGGGUCGUUCAUGUGUUUUUGUUGUACAAAAUUAAUAUUAUUAUUUCUUUGUUUGUUGUAUCCUAUUACGAUAGCUAGUAAUGGUCUACAUUAUGGUAUAGCCAUGGAAACUGUAAAAGUGUUGAUACUACUCUGUGCUAUCGACUUUUUUCCUUACAUAAAAUCAAUGUUCAGGUAAAGUAUGUGACAGCUCGUAUUUAAUAUAUGUAUUUAAAGCAAUAAAGUCAUAUUGAA